AUGAAUCUCCUCAUCGGUGUCACCGCCAGCGUCGCUGCCAUCAAACUUGCAGAAGUGAAAGAGCGAUUGAAGGAACGGUGUGCCGAGUGCAACCUACACGUGGAAAUAAAAUACGUGGCGACCACUCUAGCAUAUAAUACUUUUUUGAAGCAGCUUGACUUUGGUGAGAAGGUUCUAUUGGAUAAAGACGAGUGGACAUGGGAGAAGAAGGGGGAUGCUAUUUUGCAUGUCGAGUUGAGGAAAUGGGCUGACCUGUUUGUCGUUUGCCCCAUGGAUGCGAACACACUGGCGUCGGUGUCUUCAGGGGCCUGCCCCAACCUGCUGACCUGCAUAUGCCGGUGCUGGGAUUUUAAGAAGCCCCUGGUCGUCUUCCCCUGCAUGAACACACACAUGUACGAACACCCCGUAACGCGGGAGCAGCUGAAGAGAAUAACGUCGUGGGGCGUGCAGGUGGUGGAACCCGUGGAGAAGCUCCUCGCGUGUGGAGACUACGGAAUAGGAGGCCUGCCCCCUGUGGAGGACGUGGUUGAAGAAAUUGUCGAGCAUAUAAAAAGGCACCACCUCAAGGUGGAAGAAAAAAAAAGAAAUUCACACACUACGUAG